CCUGUCGCGACAGCUAGACGCUUGUAGGUUGGGCUAAGGAUCCACUCCGGGAAGCAGUUCCUCUCCAGAGCCCCAACAUGUCCGAGCAAGGGGAGCCCGCCGGCCUCACCGAUGAAGCAGCCUUCAGUGCCUGCUCCGACCCUCAUCCCAGCACGAAGGAUUUUCUGCUGCAACAGACGAUGCUAAGGAUAAAAGAUCCCAAAAAGUCUCUGGAGUUUUAUACUAAGGUUCUCGGAAUGACCCUACUCAACAAGUUUGACUUCCCUGCUAUGAAGUUCACCCUCUACUUCUUGGCUUACGAAGAUAAAAAUGAUAUUCCAAAAGAUAAAAAAGAGGGAAUUGCGUGGACUCUGUCUAGAAAGGGCGUAUUAGAACUGACGCACAACUGGGGCACUGAAAAUGAUGAGAGUCAGGCUUACCACAAUGGCAAUUCAGAUCCCCGAGGAUUCGGUCAUAUUGGAAUUGCUGUUCCUGAUGUAAAUGCAGCUUGUAAAAGAUUUGAGGAGCUGGGAGUGAAAUUUGUCAAAAAACCAGAUGAUGGUAAAAUGAAAGGACUUGCUUUUAUCCAGGAUCCUGAUGGCUACUGGAUUGAAAUCCUGAAUCCGAACCAUAUGACAACUAUAAUCCCAAUUGGAAAUACUGCGUAGUGAUCUUGCCAUCGAGAGACUGAAAAUUCUUAACAAUGUCCUUUUGAUUUAACAAAAAGUUGUUCUAGUCAUUCGCCAAAUGAUAAACAAAUGGGAAUGAACAGUAUUCCCUUUCCCCUUGCUAUGUCUGCAAAGGUAGGAGAUUGGAAGCUUCCAUUUCUAGCUUGUGGUGAGCUAUACUUUGCCAUUUUGACUGAAUGCAGAAAACUAUGGUUUGCCACCCACAAACUUGGAAGUGUAGGCUUCUAAUGUCUUUUCCUAAUGCAUGAACAAAUGCAAGGAGGAUGCACAUGAAUGAGGCUUAGUGCUGCUUAUUUUCAUAAGAAAAGGCUAUGGUUUGUGCUGACUGUAUUUAAGAACCCACACAAUGGUGUACAACAGAUAAACUGUGAUUUCGAGCUGCUUAUCUUCUUUUGUCUUUGAUCUGCAUAUCUCACAAGUUCAUUCCUAUCUGCACAGAGCAGCAGCAUUUUGAGAUGGAGCAACAGUCAUAACUGGUUUAUCAGUGGUUUGUGAAUUCAGAUGUAAUGGCAGACAUUAAUUAGUGCAAACCAUGAUUGAGCCUAACAUAAGGUCAAACAUUUUUUUAAAGAAAACCCCAUAGUUUGCCAUACUGCUUGAAUGUAGCCAAUACAGUAUGUUCUGGAAUUAGUUACUUGGUUUAUCCUGCACAAAAAUCAUAAUUGUAACCUUUUUGUAGCUGGCCACAUUUUGUAGUAUAUUAUGGCCAGAUUCUUAUUCUUAGUAAAAAAAAAUAUUGUUUUGGUAUGCAAGAUGGCUGAGGUUGCAUUAUUUAAACAUGCCGGCAAAAGACAAGACUAUUUAGAUCUUUCAUGUUUUAUGAGCUGGAAGCAAAUACUGAAGUCUUGCUCCUUUUCUCUUUGAUGGUGGCAAAGCUGCAUUUGUUGGCGAUUUUUAUAAUGACCGCUUCAUGGGUUUAUAAGAAUACUUCAGCUGCAGUUACUAGUGAGGAAGUCCCAUUGAAAUCUGAGAUAUACUUCUAAGUAAGACAUAUAUAGAAUUGCACUGUUAGUCUGCAUUGUUCCUGAAUCCAGUUGAUGUUGAAUUUUAGAACACAGGUGUUGCUUUGUGCCUUGAACCCAAGUGCACAAGUUAGUAUGAACAAAAUGGCAGCGUACAGUUAAAAAUGAACAGGCAAGUACUACACUUAUGGUAUGAAUGCUAGUUACAAGUGCUUGAAGUGGGGUAGGAUGCCAUCCUACUUUUCAGGCAGACUGGAUACCACACCCACAGUUGUCCUUCAGGAGCCAGGUGGCAUGACAUAUAUUUUCUUAAUAUCAGUUUUGUCUUGGUGUAGUUCUAAAAUAAACUAAAGCCUAGAUGUCUGAAAUGUUAAUGUACCACCUAUUGCGCUCUUUACCUGACUCAGUGGGUUUCUAGUUGUUUCCAAGCUCUCCCAAGGUUUACAAAACUGACACAUGAACUAGUCAGUCUUCACCAGUGUUUAAUUUGUAUUGACACAUUUAGCCUAUGCAAUCCACACUUUGCCGAAUAGCCCUGACUCAACUGUCUUUGUUAAUCGGGGCAUUGUUAGCAGCACUUUAGAUCUCCUUUUGUGAUUAACCAGCCUUUAGUGCAGUGUUGACAUCAAAUAAUAAUAAAAAAAUAUUUUCAAGUUAAAAA